UAUAUUUGUCUGCCAUUAUCAUUUGUUUACGGUUACAGGGAGAGGUACUGGUCGGAAUAAAAAAUUCACAUAUUUUAUAAGAUCAAGGCCGUAUAAUAAGCGGAAUUACAGGUAACAAAUCUAAAUCAUGGACGAAUGCGUUGAAAUCGAAUCCUCGGACGAAGAGCCACAACACGUCGAACGAGGCAGUCGGGAAUCGGAACGCAUUGGAAUAUCGUCUGCGUCUUCUUCUCCUCAUCCCCAGACCUCAGAUCGCUCUGACACACCGGUAUCGGCCAACCUUCGCAACUCAAACCAAUCGAUGAGCCGGGCUCGCCGAAAUGACACUGUUGGACAGCUGAAAAAAUUGGAAACGGAUCCGAAAUUUUUAGCGAAUUUCAAUCCUCAAACAUCUCGUCGCGAAAAGCGGAAGCUUAACAGGAAGUCCACCCCGCUCGUUGUGCCCAAGGUGGUGGGAAUAUACACUGAUCGGGGUAUACAUCGGGAAACCGGUCGUGAUUUGUGUGAUUGUUUGGACAUGAGCUGCCCCGGGUGUCACUUUCCCUGUUUAUUGUGUAGUACUACAAAAUGUGGCUCACACUGUCGUGUUAACAGAAAGUGGAUGUAUGAAUCGAUUGAACAUGACGCUAAGGAUUUAGUGAUUCGAAAUAAGCUAUUAUUAAAGAAAUAGUAUUUCUAUUACCUAGUGUAUAGUUUUAGUUCUGUCGAUUGAAUAUAAAUAAAUAAAUAUGUGUGAUUAAUUUUACUAUGCAUGAAA